AUGGGUACGUUAAACAGUAAAGAAAUGGUGGCUAGACGAAAGAUUGACACUGCGACGAGCAAUUCCAGCUUAUCAAACAUGCGUUACGUGAUGGCAAGCAACAAAUCAAAAUGGAAGUUAUUUCGUAAGAGGGAAAUCACGCCAAUACCCGCAUACACAGCUGCUGCGUCUUUGAAGCCCAAAAAGGGAUGCCCCUGUGGCAACGAUGGACCUUGCAAACAAAAGAUAACACCACGAGGAGUCACCAUACAUUACCCACAAAAAAAGAAAAAGCUAUUUGGAGCGAGCAAAGCCUACAUUCCUCCGAAAACUGAAAGAACAAAAGAUUUCACCCAAAAACUGCACGGCGACGCAUUACGAAGAAUCUUAGUAAAAAAAUAUCAUUUCCAAUGCCAUUCUUCUUUAACUAAGCCCACGUCCCAAAGUGAAGAUUGUACGGCCAAGGAAGUUUCCUACCUGGAGAUUAGACAAGAUAUACUACAGGUAACCCGACCCACUCUUGGAGCAAGAAUGUAUUUUUAG